AGACCCACCACUGCCAUUACUAAAAAUCUCUCUUUCCAUCUGCUUUUCUUCACAAAAUGGUCAGACUUUGUCUGGAUGCAUGCAUAAAUAAAGCACCAUAAUGUAGCACCACGUGGAUUUAUCUCAGACUGUACAUCUUUUGGUUCUCUGCCAUCUGCAAAGUGGUAGUGAGAAACGUGACAUCCAAAUACAGGCUGAUGCUUUUGUUUCUGAACACAAAAGAUACAAAAGAUAAAUCGUCAAAAUUUUUUCCACAACUGGAUUUCACCAGAGGCGGUUCCACUUGUUUUGCAAGUUCCCAAGCUGAUGUUGGAAGGCUGACUCCCACUCACGGAAUUGGAAAUGUCAGAAUGCACACCUUCCUUUAAGGAGCAUAAUGCAGUUUUCAGCAGAAGUGCACAGCAAAAAAAAUCCCACAAAACUUCAAGUCAGCAGAAUGGAAAUUCAGCGUGAGGGUCAUUCUGCGGUCACCUAACACAGCACUGUCAUUUUAGACACUAAAAUGAUGAUCCUGAAAUCCUUACUUAGACAAAGCUUCCACUGAGUCUGAGAUAAUCUGAGCAAUUACUGCUCAGCUAAUACUAACAUUCAACAAUACGACUGUUUAAAAUUCAUUUCAUUUAGGUUAGUAUCUCUAAAACAUUCUUCCAGCUCUGAAUACAGCUUCUCUAAAAAUCCACCUUGGAAAUCAAGUUAAAGGUGCUAUCUCUACAAACCCCAUGCCAGCUACACUGCUAGCAUUACAGCAGGUUAAAACAUCACAGGUAAAACAAGCUUCACAAGAAAUAAAAAUACUUAAGUUCAAAGUAUCUGCUCACCACUAAAGGCAUGCAGAAAGGAAAGAAAGAAAUAGAAACAUAAUAAUACUUCUACCAUGGCCCUGACAGAUUCUGUUUUGGGAAUUUAACAGUUAAAGAAGCAAUGGCAUGCUAACAGAGCACAUUAAAACAAAGAGCUGGCAGCCUCUGAAGGAAAAGGGCCUGUGCUCCACUGUUCCAACUUGUCAGUCGACUCAUGCCAGCACUCUCCACGUCUGCCUUUUCCACACACCCUCAUUGCAUGUGUCUGUCUGGAUUGAUCUGCUCGUCUGUUCAGGGACUCUCCCGACAACUCAAAAAUUCUGCCUUCCCUCUGCUCUGGAACUGGAUUAAAUCACCUCAGCUGUUUUUUGCAGCCCCAGCAAGAGGCUUUAGCUUAUGGUCUCAUUCUGUUUUUCUCCACUACUUGUCUGUUUUUGAUUUCUAGAAUGGAGGAAACUGAAUUGCUGAAGGAAAGACUCCAGGCCAUAACAGACAAAAGAAGACUGCAAGAAGAAAUUGCACAGAAACGUCGAAAAAUAGAAGAGGAAAAACUAAAACACCAGCAUUUAAAGAAAAAGGCCUUACGAGAAAAAUGGCUCUUGGAUGGCUUCAGUUCUCUCACUCCAAAAGAGCAGGAAGAAAUGCAAAAGCAAAAUCAAGAGGACCAACAGCAAACUCGUGAGCUGGAAGAUGACAUUUUCAGACUGGAGAAGGAAAUAGAGGCCCUUGAAAAAGAGGAAAUUAAAGUCUCAGCUAAGGAAGAAGCUAUUUUAAAGAAACUUAAAUCAGUUGAGAAAACAACAGAAGACAUAAUCAAGUCUGUGAAGACUGAAAAAGCAGAAGUUGAAGGAGAGGCAGCAGACUACAUAUAUGCCAACAUACCUGACCUUCCAAAGCAUUUCAGACCUUCUGCACUGAGAAGGGCAGGGCACGCUACCACCAAUGACGAAGAAAAGAGAAAAGCAUUGUUUGCAAUGGAAAUGAAAGUUGAAAAAGACAUGAAGACAGGUGAAAACACAGUAUUGUCAACAAUACCUCUUCCUUCAAAUGAGUUUAAAGAGACAGGAAUUAAAGUCUAUGAUGAUGGUAGGAAGUCGGUAUAUGCAGUGCCUUCAAACGGCAGCACAACGCAAAAUAGGAUGGAUGAGCUUGCUCCUAUUGAGGUGGAAGAUCUUCUAAGGCAAGCAAAUGAAAAAAAUUCCCAGUCUCCCACAGAGUAUCAUGAGCCUGUGUUUGCAAACAAGUUUUGCAGGCCAGUUACUCCUCAGAAAGACAAGUUAAUCCCUGGACUGAAACUGGAAGACACACACAAAAGAGAGAUGAACGGACUCAGCAGUCAGACAGAAUUUUCCCCUGUGGCAGAACCCAUCAUACAGCAACCUAAAGAGAACGGGCUUAAUCUUCAAAAGGUAACACCUAAGUCUCCCUCUCCAAUACUUUCGGAUUCAGAGCAGAAAGUACAUGUUAAUCCUGAGAACAAGAUGGUAGAUAAUGAGAAAAGAAGUGCUACACAUGAGGAAUUAAAAACUUAUCAGAAUACAACAGAAAGACAUGAUGAAACAAGGUUUUUAAGUUCCUGUCAUCCUAGUGAAGCACCUCCUGCACCUCAAGAUGAGGAAGAUGUUCAUUACCGCAUGGUCCAAGCUGUGCCGUGUUAUGUGGAUGAUUCAGAACCAGUUACAAUGAUUUUCAUGGGUUAUCAGCGCAUUGAUGAUGAUGACACAGAAGCAGACCAGAAGUUGACAACAUACGAUGGGGUUAUCCGUGCAGAAUUAGUUAUCAUUGAUGAUGAAGAGGAUGACAGCAAAUCUGAGAAACCAUCAUAUCAUCCCGUUGGCCACUACAGUCAGGUUUACCAGCCACCAAGCAGGAAAACCACAGAAGUCACACAGACAAACCCUGCGAGCAGCCUAGGCACAAGCAUGAGCAAUGCACCCCACAAAAAUUCCAUCUCCCUACGAGAAGAAGAGAAACGCCUAAGCUCACCUACAGACCAUGUUCAUCUUCAGAGCCAAGUGUCUGGAGAUGGUACUGAAGAUCCUUCACUAACAGCUCUGAGGAUGAGAAUGGCAAAGCUGGGGAAAAAGGUGAUUUAACAGCUGUAUGACAUGGAAGUAGAAAUUACUACUUAAAGCAGAGUAAAGCUAAGGAGUUUCUACAAUAUACAUUUUGGAUCUUAGUGCCUACUGUUUUGCUCCUCUGUUUUACGCAUCUGGGUUAUUUUACACUUUGCAUAACCCGGUGGACUCUAACAGACUUUUAGUUUUCACCAACUGUGCCACAUAGAUGUAAAUGAAAUCCUGAAUUUUUGAAGGUAAUAGAAAGUUACCCAAGACCAUAAAUGCAGUGUAUAUCCAAGAGUGAAGACAUGCAUAAGCUGUCCCCACAAUCAGAAAUACAUUGUUGCUACACACACAGCAGAUAAACACCCAUCUCCAGGAAAUUUCACAGGAUGUUGUUCCCUUUAAAGCAUACUGGUCUAACAUUUGAUUGAAAAUGAAGUUUCGACUUUUUUUUUGCUCUAAACAUUAGUUAAAAACCAACUAUGAGAGAUAGGAGGCAGAAAAAGUGUAUAUAUUAAAACUGAUUUCUAAACUUAGUACCUUGCCCAAAAUUUGAAGUACUCCUAAGAGUAAAAUAACCUCAAAAUAGUAAAGCCCACAUUUAAGUAUUUAGCCAUGUUUCUAGAGCACCACAGCCCACCUGCCCUUCUCCUUUACAUAUGACAAUACAGCAAUCCUAAAACCCUGUUCCUCUCCCCACAUCACAUACAUGCUUCCUGCCCAUAACUCACAGACUCCAUGCAUACCACUAUAAACAGCCUGACCUCCCAGGCAUCACUUCACCUCCUAGGUCACUACACAGUGUUACUUUUCCAGAAAGCUGGUUGCCAGACAGGCGGUGCCUGUCAGUCAUUAACAUUACUGCUUAGUACACAGGUUUCAUCAGCCAGGGGAGCUAAAAUUAGUGCAGGUCUCCCAUGAGAAACCAACUUGUCAAUGGCCUGUCCUGCAGCUGCAACAAGUCUGUUCUGAGGGCAGCCACCGCUGGGCAUGGCUCCCCAGCAAGCAGCAGGGCUCCCACCAUUCAACACGUUCAGUCUUCCCACAGUAGAAGAAAGCUACAGCACUUAGAGCAGCCAUAGGGUAUAAUCACACAUAAGAAAGUCACAUGCUAGUCAUUUUUCUAAUACCAGGUUCUUGGGAAAAAAGUGCCUCAUCACUCUACAUCCUUCUAUUCAAAUCAGUAUGAUAGCAUUACUUUGGUAGGUCUUAGGCUGGUUUAAACUGCUAAGUGGAUAAAGCUCAGGUUGUAUUGUUCUGUUGUAGCUGACUCAGAAAUAACUACCAAAAAACAACCCUAACUUUUUCACUUGUUUUCCUCCUUUCAAAGCAGGAAACUGAAACUGCUACCUCACACUGAGACACAACGGUAGUAUCAGCUGACACAUAGCCUCUAAGCAGGUGGUGGUCCCAGUCUGAAGUAGACAGUGAGCAGGGUGAUAAUCUCAGAUUUUAGGAAUUAUCAGAGAUGGUUAUCUGGAGACAGAAAUAGUAGAUGAAUAAACAAUUGCAUUUUCUCUACAUCUAGCCUGUCCUUAUUUGUUGCAGAAUUUUUUUCCUCCUUCUUUCUCUGAGGACAUUUUUUUCCCCAUUACUACUUAGUUCUGACAGUUACACUCAGUGACUUGUUUUUGUUUUAUGAUGUAUCUUAGAGGUUCUCAAUGGGAUAUAAUUUGGACAGUAGGAAAAAGUGACAUGGGCAGCUUUUACAACAGAGGCAGACUGAUUUGGGCACUCAUUCUCUGCAUUCCCCAAUAAUAUCCUUAAGUGAUCUGGCAAACCCAAUACAAAAAUAGUUUAAAAGGAGGGAAACUGAGAAGACAUCAGAACUGUGACUAUUAAGAAAAUUGGCAGAUAAAAUUCAGUACCGAAAAACAGAAAGUAGUUUAAAAACACCAUAUACAGCACAAGCUGAUUUGUUACUACCAACCUCUUGGGUAGGGGAACACCUUUGCAGUAUUUUAAAAUUUUAGAUAGGCAUCUGGCUGAGGGGCGAGGUGGGGAGGCGUGAUUCUUCAUUUUUCCUGUCCCUACUCUGCUGUACCACUCCUUCAGAGAAAUGUAUGGAACAGCUCUACCUUUCACACAUGCACACACCUUAAAACUUAGGAUCAUAUUGAUCUGAACUAAGAAUUUCUCAGGAGUACUGGCAGAUCAUCCCUUUUAACCGUCUUUUUUUCAGAGUUUCUUCUUCACAGUCAGAAAUCACUGAGUCUAAUUCGUGCAGUGAAAUGCAGAAGACUCCAUGACAGCCAUUCAUCUUAAGUUGUUUGGGAAAAAAAAGAUGUACAUGUGUAAAGCAUGGUUUACUUUCAAAAGAAAACAAGUCAUUACUGUUCCAACAAAGUUUAAGCAUAGACAUCUCGUUAUGUCUAUCUGUACAAACUGGCUUGAAUCUAAAGAUUCAUUUAUUUAAGAAAGCUUGAGAAAUAUUAUGGAUAUUUUGUCUAGAAGGAUCUCCUGUUGUGGAGGCUGUUUACAUGCCUGAACUUUACAGUGAGAGCAAAAUAAGAAUGUUAUUUGAACAAGAGCGCCACACAGUGUUAGAAUAAUGAUAGAAAACAACAGGCAAGAUCUCUCCAGCCUUCUCAAACCUGAAUAAAAGAAUAAGUAUUGACAUUAUUACACUCAAUACGUCUCUCCAUAUGGUUUUUGGCAAAACAAACAAAUAGUUUAGUGUUUGUUAUUAAAAAUGUUUUCCUGCCUUAGUUCGUCUUGAACCCAAACUUCUGCUUGCAAAAAAAAAAAAAAAGGUUUCCAGUAAAGCAAAGUAGCAAUAGUUGCAAUUUGCACCACCUAGUUCUCUUUGAAACAUAUUCAAGAAACAUUAUUUGUAGUUGUCAAGAGCAGAUGAGCAGUAUUUCGAGGUGAAUUUCUACUUGACAGGGAGAAUUUACCAAUCUAGAAGGAACCAAUCUGAAAUAUGUUAUCAUUGAUUUGCUAUCAGAAGGUUAAUAUGAGACCAGAAACAUCAAAUCCUUGAUCUUUUCAUACUAACUUCUCUCAACUUCAGCAGGACUCCUUUAUGAAGUAAAGCAGCAGGAGUCUCCCUCUAAACAAUAUUAAGCCACCAGUGCCUCUAGAACCAAAACUUCCCGCUACCUGUUUUUCUAUCAAACACUUGCACAGGGAUUUUUCAUUUUUACAUUUUUAUUUGCAAAGAUUGUAACAGGAAUUUUAGGAGAGUCUCUCUAACACAAUCACUUUGCUUCUUCUUACUAGUCAUGCAGGUGGGCAGGAAGGUGAUAAAAAAAUUAACAAGUCUUUGAUUUGAAGAUGCUGGAAUAUGUCAGGAAUUCCUUACAAACUAUACAAUAUCAUGAGUACUAGGAAAGAGUGUUAUUUAAGAGCAACUAACAAGCCUGCAAACUCUGUAGCUCUCAGGAAAGAGCUAUUCUGCAUUACAGAAAUAUUUUAACAUCCAAUUUCAAUAAGGGUUUCUCCAGGAAACAUUUGAAUUGCUUUAAUUUGUAAAAUAAACAACUACAAUGAAAACAUUGAUUGAUUACUGCUAUACAAAA